GUGCAUUCAAAAGUCUCGAACAAUAGAACAAAACAAUAAUAAAUUUAGUCGCGCCAUUAGCACGAAAUGAAAAAAUUUGAAGGCCCCUUAGUCCCUCUAAGCGACUGCUACAAAGCCAUAAGUUCCAGACUCAAAACCCCCAACUUCGAAGUUCUAACCUAUGAACAACUCCCGUUUUCCGAAAUCAACGGCUACCUAGGUGAGCACUGCACCCUCAAAGCCACCAUUAAACGCACCCCCGUUCCCGAAACCCUCUCUUUCUUCAUAAAAUCGCCGCCGCGUGUCCCGUCGCAACUAAACUUCCUCCACGAAAUCAACGGGAUCUUCAAAGAAACCAACUUCUUCAAAAAAUACCUCCCGUUGUUGAAGACUCACGGGAUCACCCUCCUCGACGACGCCCUCCCGGUUUGCUACCACGUGACCGACGGCACCUUCUUCUUCCAGGAUUUGUCACCCCUCGGCUUCCGCACCCUCCCCUCGCGUGCUCCCCUAUCCCUAAACCACGUGAAAGCCGCCCUCGCCACGUUCGCCAAAUUACACGCAAGUGCGCUGAUUCUCGAGGAGGUGAAAUCGUUCCGAUUGCCAGAAACUUUCGGAGUCGAGCUCAAAGAGAGCUUUUACGUGGGUGCGGACUCAACCGAGCGUGCGAUGAAAUCAUGUAAACAAGGAAUCAAAGCUUUGAUCGACAUCACGCAUCAGGACGAUUUCGGGAUAUCGAAGGACGCGUUCAAGGAGAAGGCUCUGGAGGGUUGCGAUUUGCAGGCGGUGUUUGCGACGCCGUCGCAACGGUUUAGGAAUACGAUUUGCCAUGGGGAUGUGUGGACGAAGAAUUUUCUUUUUAGGGGGGUGGAGGAGUGUUGUAUUGUGGAUUUUCAGACGUAUAGGUACGGACCGCCGGCGCAGGAUGUGGUCGCUUUUUUGUAUUUGGUGACGGAUCGGGGGUUUAGGGAGAAGCGGCUGGGGGAGGUGUUGGAGUUUUACUAUGGGGAGUUGAGGGGACAUUUUAGGGAGUACGAUGUGGGGGAGGUGGUGACAAGGCAGGAGUUUUUCGAAAGUUGUGACUAUUUUAAAAGGUUUGCGUUAACGCAGACUUUAACGCAUUUGCAGGUGGUUAUUUUGAGAAACGAUAUAGCUGAAGAGUUGUUCGAGGAAAGUACGAAUUCAUUAGGGAUGUGUGCAAGAGGGACGAAAUUUUUAUGCAAAGGAACUUAGAAGCGAUUAC